AUGGGCGGAGUUUGGAAUUGGGAGAGUGGAGAGCAACUGAAUAUUUCGAAAUGGCGAGAUUCUCAGUUAGAUGAUAGAGACGAUAGAGCGGAAAUAUCCAAGAACAGAGGCCUAUUUAAUAGUAUCUCUUGGGGUGAUAAAAACACCUUCAUUUGCGAGAUACCCGGAGGUAAGAUCACAUUCCAACCAUAAAGUAGAUUAUGUGCUGAAACAUUACAGUCUUGCACUUGUGUCAGGAAAAUUUCUCUUCCUUCUUAAAAGUAAAAAUGUUGUUCACAUAAUAUGCUCGGCUCAUCUAACUUGUACGUGUGAGCGACGAAUGAACUUUUAAGCGCGCAAUAGUGGUUGAAAAUAAUGCCCAUGAAAAAAAUCCGGGACAUAUGUCAAAAAAAAAAAAAAAAAAUGAUCACUCUAAAAUUGUUCUCUUUUGCAUCACCUGCAGUUGGAAAAAACAGCGAUCGAAAUUGUUCACAAUUUUACACAAAAAUUUUUUGUCGAGCGCGCUGAGAUUGGGAUAAUCUAACCAACGGAAUUUUCCCUUGCCACAAGUUACAAGGCGUGUUCACUGACGUCGGUGAGUGAAUACAUGUUCUUUUAAACAUACCACAUCGAAGUAUGUUUGCUCAAGGUCUUGAGUACCGGGACUGAAGACAGAGUGCACAAUUUACGAUGACAGAGCGUGUGAGAAACAAAAGCACAUGGACGUUAAAAAAAAAAAAAACAAACAACACAAAAAAAAAAAGUAAUAGCAACAACAACAUCAACGACACUGGUUUGGCAAACAAACUUAAGUUCAAUGUCUGUCACGAAUUUUUUUUUCUUUAAAAACAGUCAAUGAUCUUACUGAAAGUAUUACGCAUUUCCAUCGACUAUCCAUCGAUGAAUGAAGUAUAGCUCUGUUCAGUCAAUGAAUGGAAAGUAAUUGUAAGUAAUUUUAAAUCUGUUUCGAGAUUGUGGGAGUUUGCUCGUUUAUUUGGUGCAAUCGUUUGUGCAAAUCUGGUCUUUUGUCGGAAUUUGAAUGCGGUUUUUUCUCGUUGAAUUCCUUCGUUUACUGUUGUGAAGUUUACGGUACAAAUGUCUAAUUUGGGGAGACUUGCAAAGACUUACCAAAAGCGUAUUUAAAGUAUAGAAUGAAGACUUCGCUUUCUGUUUUUCAAUGAACAAAUUGUUUGAAAGAAUUUAGAUAUUAAAUGAUUGAAAAUUCCAUUAAUUAAUUCAAUUUUAAACAAACACCUUACGUUCUAACGUCCUGAGUUACUUCUAGUGAAGGUCAAGGUUACUUACAAACGGUUUUCAGGCCGCGCGUCAACCCAUCUAAUGACAAAUUUGCUACCAAAAAUCAUUUUUUCAUUCUUUUUGCCGGCAGCCACAGUGACUUGACAGAGAGAGUAGGAGAGGAUUAAUAAGUUAUUAAUCAGCUUGAUUUGCUUUAAAAUGGUUUGCUUUAAAAUACUGCUCGGCUGGCAAACGAAAUACAUUUAUGAAAAAUGACAACGAAGUUAGGGUUGUAGCUAGCGACUCGAGCAAACGUUACCGUGCUGCUAAGCAGAGAUAGGAAAAUCUGGACGGUAUAAAGAACCACAAAGAUUGCAUGAUUCGUUAUCGUUCAGAAAAACAACUAAUAAAUACAGUUCUUUCGGGAAAAGUUUUCAGGAAAAGCGUGUCAGAAGUGCAAGCGGUGACCUUGAGAGAUAUUGCCGGUAGCUUUCAGGUAAUAGUUAGACGACCUCAGGAUUUCAGGGAAAUCUAAGAAAAUGUCACUUUAAGGACGAGGCACCACGGGUUUGAACCUAUUUUUAAUACAAGAUUGACUUUAAAUUCGAAACUGCAAUCAAACGGAAGAAAAACACAAGGUAACCUUAAUUAGUUUAUCUUUACCUUUUUAUGUUCAUGUUGAUUACCGCCACCCAGAUAAUCUUUUGAGUUUGUCGCGUGUCCUUUAGAUUUUUGUUCUGUUUUGUUUUUUUCGAUAAACUUUCCCAUAGCAACUGUAUACGGUGAACUGCGUAUCUACAGUUGCACAUUUAUGAAAACUUACAUUCACAUUUAAUUUUACGUUUUUUAAGUCUGUUCAGAUGGGGGAGGAAGAAUAAGGGGCGGGGUGAGGGGAGGUGUCAGCUCAACAAGGAACUAAUUAAUAUCCAAAAAUUCAACUAUUAAAAUUUCACGAACUCACAGAUACUUUUAGCUGAAGGUCAGAAAAGCAAGGCAGAGGUGGUGGACGCCGUAGUGAAGAAAGACGUACUGUAAUAAUUGACACUGAUCAAACAUAAACUACAGAUGUUAAAUUUAAAAAGGAAUGAAAUAGAAAAUGAAGAAAAUCACAUUUUCUUUUCUCAUUUUCUCCUCCUUUAUUGUGAUUGUGAUCAUAGUUUUUUAUGUCUUAAUCAUUCUUAUUAUUAUCACUUUGCUUAUCAUCAUUAUGAUAAUUAGUAUUUUUGUUUCCGUUUUUAUCAUUUUGUAGGAUGCUCAAACAUAACUUUUAAGAACUCUUGGUACAUAAUUUCGGUGAAUGGAUUGUCAUGGCUCUUUAACAGAGAAACCUGCCAAAACCAAGGAGGGGACCUAGUAUCCAUUGAAACCGAAGAAGAAUGGAAGUUCAUUAAAGACGAGAUUCAAAGGCGAAAUACUACGUCUUAUACAAGUACAUGGAGUAUUGGUUUAACAAAAAAAGCCGGGAAUUGGACCUGGGUGAGUGAAAGACCGCUGACUAUUUGCAAAUGGGGAAAAGGGGAGCCAAGUGGCGAACACGGAAAGGCCAUCAUGUACAAGCGGUCCAGUAAUGGCAAACCGGGCGUGUUUGGUAACACAGCUUGGGGGAACUGGCACGCUUAUAUUUGUGAGAUUACCAAGGGUAAGUUUUUCUUUUAG